AUGGACCCUAAUAAUUUGCAAGUAAGUCAAUCACCUCCCAGUCUAUCGAAUUUAACAUUUUCUUCUUUCAGAACACCAUAAAUGGGUUAGGUGGAAAUGGAGGAACACAUAACAAUUUUGCCGCUGGAAUGCCAAAUAAUCAAGGAUUUGCUCAUAAUUUAAUGGGACAAGCCGGAACCGCUGCUGGUCAGUAUAAUCCGAUGCUCCUUCAACAAUCCUAUCUCAAUUUUGGUGGUUUUAAUAUGAAUUAUGGAAAUAAUCAGGUAAGCGGUGACAAUGAAUACUCGGCGAAUUAAAAAGCGAUGAUGAUCUCUAAGAACGACUACGGUUAUUGUGGGAACAUUCUUUCAUGCUUACGUUCAGCAAGAAAGACCAUAAAAUGUCCGAGCGACUAAUCUUCUCUCUGAGCUUAUUCAAAUCGAUUAUUUUUUAUUGACUUUUCAUGAAACAAUUAUCAUAAUGUGUUUAUUUUAUAGCUGCUCGAUUUUCAAACUCCACAGCAACCGCAACAAUAUUUAAUGCAACCACAACAUAAUAUUCAACCAAUGUUUCAACAAAAUGCACAAAUGCUACAGUUGAUGCAACAACAGCAGCAGCAACAGCAAUUGCAGCAGCAGCAGUCUCAGAUGCCACAAAUGCAGCAAUCACAAAUUGAUCAAGCUGCGAGACUGUUUCAACAGCAAGAACUUCAGCAACAUCAAGCUCAUCAACAACAUCAGGCGCAUCAACAACAGCAACAACAACAACAUCAAAGAUUAUUUGAAGAACAAUGUAGACAAAUGGAACAGGAAAGAAAGAAACAAUUAGAAAGACAAAGACAAAUUGAAUUGGCUGAACAGGCAAAAAUGCGUGAAUUACAAGAACAACGUGAAAAAGAGAGACUUGAAUUGUUGGAAAAACAAGCUGAAUUAGCUCGAAUUGCUGAAGAACAAAGAAGAAAAGAAGAAGCUGAAAGAAUCGAAAAAGAAAAACUGAUGAGAUUUGCAGAUGAGGAAAAAAGAAAAUUAGCAGAAGAACAGAAAAAACGAAGUGGAAUGGAAGGAAGACAUUCUCAAAUUGGUCAACCUCUCACACUUAUUGCAACUCAUUUUUUACCGAAUCUUUUUAUCAAUGGUACCAUUUCCAUAUGAAGGAAUGAGUUGUUCAACACUUCCACAAGUUAGCGAUUUAUCAUCAAAUGCUGAAUUAUUGAAUGAUACUGAUAAUAAUACAAUUCAAGCAAUUGUUGAUGUUCUUUCACAAGUUUGUGUUGAUGAUAUUAUUACAAGAGCUGAUAAAUUAUGUAAUGAAAAGGAAACUAAUGAUUUAUUUUUUAAUCAACUUCCACCUCUUAUUAGAGCUGUUGUAGAUUAUAAGGUUGGUUUUUUAUUUGGUUCCCAUAAAAUUGAAAUUAAAAUAAUUUCAGGCUCUUGAUGUUGAUCUACAUAAUAAUAUGGAAUUAUUAGAUAAUGAAGAUUUAAUGAUGCAAGAAGAUAUAACAAGAUCUGGACCUUCAAUUAUUCCACAAACAGUUUCUUAUCAACAACCAAUGACAUCAGCAACAAGUGAUAUGCAUCAAAUUCCAAAUGAAAAUCAAUCGCCAUCCUUGGAAACGACAACAGAAACUGGUCCGAUUUCAAUUGAAAAACGUCGACAAAUGAUGUCAAUUGGAAAAGCACCAAAAGCAAGUAGUGGAGGAAAUCAAAGAAAGAAAAAAGAUAUGGUUGAAAAAAUUGUUCGAUUCAUUGACUGAUAAUUUUGUGCCACAUGGAAGAAGAGGUCGAAGAGGACGAAAUCGAGGAAAUUCAGAUGAUGAGGAUGAUGAUGAUCAAUUGAAUCGAGAUUUGAAAUUGAUUGAAGCGAUGGAAGCUGGAGAAGUAUUGCCAAGUAGUAUAACUGGAUUCCCAAGAAGAGAUUCUGAGGAUGAAGAUGGAGAUGGUGAUCAUAAAUUCUUUGAUAAGAAAAAUAGAAAACGGAAAAGAGAAGAUCGAAUUGAUCGACCACCAACACCAACUGAUGGUAUUCUAGUUUCUUUUAAUGUAAAUAAGAUUUAAUUUUUUGUAUUUUCAGUUAUUUCUGCUCGUGAUGUUGAAUGGGAAGAACGACAAAAAUUGAAACACGAAAUUCGGAAAAAGCGGCAUAUCGAAGAAGGAGUUGAAAACUGGGACACUAUUUCUAUGGCUCAAGGUGAUUCAAUUGUUCGUUUUAAUGGUAUUAUUGAUACAAUUUUCGAACAAGUUGAAACAUUUGAUUUUUCUCAAAUAACUGGAAAGAAAAAACGAGUAUCAUUGAAUACAUCAAAAGACAGUGAAGGAAAUGGACAAUCUGAAGACGAAGAAGAAGAUGAUGAAGUUAAUCCUGAUUUAUUGAUUGAGAAAACAGCGAUGGAUGAAUUGAGAAGAGAAGCUUGCAAAUUGAAACAUUGGCAGAAAAUGCAUAAAAUAUCAGCUGAUCGACUUGUUAAAAUAGUUUCAAUGUUAGAACGAAAUAUUCGUGAUGUUGUUUCGGCUGAUAAUAUGAGAUUAUUGGUGCCAUAUGAUGAUGAAAUGGAUGAAGAAGAACAAGCAUUUAAAGAGGCAAUUGAAGAAAGAUUAAUUAAGGCUGUCGAUGCUGCUCUUACUGCAAUGGUUAUUAUGACAAGUCAUAAAGUACAUAAACAGGUUUGUGGUUUCUAAUAAAUUCAUUUAAUAAUCAAUAUUUCCAAUAAAUGAUUUCAGGUUCUUCUGGAAGACACGAUCGAAAGAGCAAUUGCAUUGGGUAAACUGUAUUUGACACAUAUUGUUUAUCCAUCUUCUGAUGGUUUUUAUAAAUCUGGAAAAGGUGGAAAAAAGAAAACAGGAGAAGAAACGAAAAAGAAGAGAAGAACUAUUAUACAACAUAAUAGAUCACCACCACUUCAAUUGAUUUAUCUUCGAAUUACUGAUCUUUUUGGAUGUUUUGCUGAAUUGGUUCGUCUUGAUUCAAUUCCAGAUGCUUCAAUGCAUCAUAUGUCAUCAAUGUCUCUUUCUUCAUUUUUUGUUGCAAAUGUUGGAGAAUUACAAAUUCAAUCAAUGAGAUUGGCAUCUAAUAUUUUUUCUCGGGGUGAUGACCAAGUUCGAUUGUCAAUGAUAAAUGAUAUACUUUCAUCUCUUCAUAGGUAUUUUUUAAAUAAUUAUUUUCAACAAUAGUUAUAAUAUUUUUGUAGAGUUCCAUCAAUGACAGUCAAAAAUGUGAACAAUGGUUAUCGACUUGGAAAUGAUUUAUGGAUCACAAAUACAACUGCACUUGUUAUGCAACUUAUUCAAAGUACUAUCAAAAUGCCAAAAAUCAAGAAAGUUGAAGAAGAUGAAACAGAAAGUGGAAAACGUCUUGUUAAUCAAGAUGCUGUUGUAAAAGAUGCAUUCUUACAAGCUGGAAAAUUCACAAAUGCAUUUCUGGCUGGAUUUCUAUCAAAAUGUUCACAAAGAGGAAAUAAAUUGGAUGGAGAAGAAGAUUACAAGAAUUUAUUCUCACAUUUUCUUCAAGAACUUCUUAUGUCACUUUAUCAACCAGAAUGGCCUGUUGCUGAAAUGAUUCUAACUACUUUGGGUUCAUUAUUAGUCAAACAUUUUCGAUCGAAAUCAACUGAUAUUGCAAUUCGUCAAGCUUCUUUGGAUUAUUUGGGAUUGAUUACAGCUAGAUUAAGAAAAGAUAUUAAAAUUGCUGUGGAUGAUUCAAAUGAUCGAUUAGAAUUAGUUGUAAAAACUAUGAUAUUUGAAGAAGACGAUGAUGAUUUAUAUGAUACUGUUGAUGAUGUUGAUGUUUCAAGUGUUAGUUUUCUAAGAAAAAUAUUGUUUUUUAUUUAAAUUUAAUUCUGUUUUUCCAGUUGUCUACCACUGAUCGUUUGAAAAAACUUGAACAAGCUUUGAUUGAUUAUAUAAUCGAAAGAAAAGGUGAUUCGGAUGUGAGUGUUGAAUAUGCAGUUCUGUUUUAUGCUGGUGAAUGGUAUAAAGAAACUGCUGAAGAUUUGGACAUUGCAAGAAGUGAACAUAAAGAAGCAUUAGCAAGAAGUGAUUUGACUGAAAAAGAACGACGAAAACUUGAGAAGAAACGAGAUAGAAUGAUUGAGAAAGGAAAUACAAUGAAAGAGUUUUUGAUGAAAUUGGUUGACAAAAAAGCAAUGCGAAAAAGAUCGGAACAAAUUAGGAAUCGAGGAAAUGUUAUGUUAGAAUCUGAUGCAUUGUGGGCUGUCAAAUAUUUGGCGAAAAAUCGAGAAUUCAGUCAUUCGUUUGA